AUGGAUUCCCAGGAGACUCGGUCUUCUUGCACCAAGGCUCUUGGAACCUGGAACCUGGAUACUACAGACAGCUCCAGCCCUGACCCUACCGGCCACCUGGAAGAGCGAUGGCCAAACUCCUCUCCGGACCUGAAGGAUGAACAUAGCAUGGAUGUGGUAUUGGACGACUCCAAGGAGCAUCUGUCCCCAGGCUCACCCCCACCAGGCAGAGAGAUCAUAAGAUAUGAAGUCACUGUGAACCAACGCAACAUCGAAGAAAUCUGCCUCAGUUGCGGAACUCUCCCGGUGUACACCCAGCACCCCUUGUUUGAAGGGGGAAUAUGUGCCCAGUGUAAGGACAAGUUUCUGGAGACUCUCUUCCUUUACGAUGAAGAUGGCCACCAGAGCUAUUGCUCCAUCUGCUGCUCGGGGGAUACCCUGUUCAUCUGUGAGAGCCCCGACUGUACCAGAUGCUACUGUUUCGAGUGUGUGGAUAUCCUGGUGGGCCCAGGGACCUCGGAGCGAAUCAAUGCCAUGGCCUGCUGGGUUUGCUUCCUGUGCCUGCCUUUUACUCGGAGCGGGCUGCUGCAGAGGCGGAAGAAGUGGCGUCACCAGCUGAAGGCCUUCUAUGAUCAACACGGGGCAAACUCUCUGGGCAUGUACAAGACAGUGUCGGCGUGGAAGAGACAGCCAGUGCGGGUGCUGAGCCUUUUUGGGAAUAUUAAUAAAGAGCUAAAGAGUUUAGGCUUUUUGGAAAGUGGUUCCGAAGAAGAAAGACUGAAGUACUUAGAAGAUGUCACAAAUGUCGUGAGGAGAGAUGUGGAGAGAUGGGGCCCCUUUGACCUCGUGUAUGGGUCAACACAGCCCCAAGUCUCCUCUUCUGACCACUGCCCUGCCUGGUACAUGUUCCAAUUCCACCGGAUCCUGCAGUAUGCGAGGGAACAUUCAGGGAGUCAGAAGCCCUUCUUCUGGAUGUUCGUGGACAAUCUGCGGAUGACUGAGGAUGACCAAGUCACAGCAGAUCGCUUCUUUCAGACAGAGGCUGUGACCCUUCAGGAUGUCCGUGGCAGAGUCCUCCAGAAUGCUGUGCGGGUGUGGAGCAACAUCCCAGGGGUGAAGAGCAAGCACGAGGCCCUGACACCAGAGGAGCAACAGUCGCUGGAAACUCAAACCAGAACCAAGCUGGCAAAGAAAAUUGACCCUCUGGUGAAGAACUGUCUUUUUCCCCUGAGAGAGUACUUCAAGUAUUUUUCUCAGAGCCUACUUCCUCUUGACAAAUGAAUCAUGGUGGAAUGAAAGACUAUUCUAUUUCCUAGAACCACGGCACCCUUCUUCCUACGGCCUUUUCCCUCUGUAGCGUUUCCUUCUGGUUUUUUUUUUUUUUUUGCAUGCCUUUGGGUUUCUCCUGUUUCAUUCUCAAGAGGCAGAUGCCUUGGUGCAGCUCAC